AUGUUUGGCAGCUUAAAAGAUAUCAAAAGUUCUAUUGACUUGUGGAAUUCAAGAUAUAAUGAUUUGUGGGAACUGAAGUCAAUAUCAGAAAAAGAUUCCCCUGUAUUUGAUAUUCGAUUUGAUGCUCUACCCUUAAAGUGUCAAAACCAGUCGAUACCUAAAUCUUGUGCCGAAGCUACGGCAUGCACUCAUCGUAGUGGAAUUUAUAAAAUUCGUUUGGAAAAAUACAGCAAUGACGCAUUUCUAGUCGAGUGUGAUGUUAAAACGGAUGGUGGUGACUGGAUUUUAAUACAAAGACGUCAAGAUGGCUCCGUAAAUUUCUAUCGUGAUUGGGCCGAAUAUCAGAAUGGUUUUGGUAAAAUCGAUGGAGAAUUCUUUAUUGGUCUAGACAAGUUACAUGCGCUGACAAACCACAAUGGUCCACAGGAGUUGCUUAUUCUGUUGGAAGAUAAAAAUGAAAUAAGGCGUGCUAAAUAUAGUCACUUUGUCGUUGGCAAUGAAAGUGAAUUUUAUGCCCUGCAGCACUUGGGUGCAUAUUCUGGAGAUGCAGGUGAUUCUUUAAAGUAUCAUUUGGGAAGCAAAUUUUCAACGAAAGAUCAGGAUCAUGACAAUCAUAAAUCAUCAAGUUGUGCUCAAGAUUAUACUGGUGCAUGGUGGUAUAAUGAAUGUCAUCAUAGCAAUCUUAAUGGCAAAUAUGGUGAUAAUACCCAUGCCAAAGGUAUAUCAUGGCAAACUUUUCGUCAUUACAAUGUCUCUGUUGAGAAUGUGAAGAUGAUGGUUAGACGUCGUACAUUUUAAGGAAAGAAAUUGACAUUCCUGUACAAAAUAUCCUUUUAUGAUAACACUAAUGUAUCUUCGAAAAUAUUCAUAUCCUUAAAUAUAUGUAUUUGUUUUUUAUUACUACA